GUCUCGGCCACAGAUGCUGACAGUGGAAGCUUUGGUGCCAUCACUUAUUCCAUCGGCUCUGGCAUUGGCAGCUUGCCUCCUGUUCUGUUCAGUAUUGACCAAUACACUGGCAGAAUUUGCACCACAAGCCAACUGGAUCGAGAUGAGGGACCCAAUCAUUAUGAAUUCACAGUGACAGCAAUUGAUGGGGGUGGCCUGAAGUCAAUGGCCUAUGUGAAAGUUUACGUGGAUGAUAUCAAUGACAACAGGCCAGUGUUCUAUCCAGUCCAGUAUGCAGCCAGCCUCAGCACACAGAGUUUACCAGGCACUGCUGUGCUCAGGGUAUCUGCUUUUGACAAGGAUGUUGGACGGAACGGAAAAGUGACCUAUCGGAUUGUGUCAGGAAACCUGCUGUCAUUAUUCACACUGAACAGGGACACAGGUGUCCUGUCCCUUGUUGCUCAUGUACAUGACAGAGCAGGGACAGUCCAGCAACUGGUCAUCGCUGCCCAGGAUGCAGGAGGUCUCACAUCAUUGGUCAAUGCCAUGGUGAACAUCAGCAUCGUUUCGGGUACAGUCUCACCACCACUCUUUGAACAAGCUCAGUAUUUCUUCACCAUCCCUGAAGAUGUGAGGAGAGGGUCCCAUAUUGGCUCUGUCAGGGCUGUAAACUCUCCAG